AUGGCUCGUCAUCCAUGGAAGAAGUUAUUAUGGUUGAAACAGGAUUAUGCGGAUAACUACACAGAUUCAUCCUUCUUAUCUCAACUAAAGAAAAAUACCACGGUGGCUAAUUACUCUUACUUUAAACUGGUCAAUGACUUUGCUCUUAUUGUACUACAUUCCUCCACAAUUGUUCUAGUGUCAAUAGUGUUCUAUGGAGUGUACCAUGAGAAUUGGAACCCCGUGAUCCCAACACUAGUAUCCACUUCAAUUACUUUCAUCUUCUGGGUGGUGUAUAUGGUCAUCAGUUAUAUCAACCACUUAGAAGUAGCAUCUGUUGUGGGCACUUUGAAGUCUUCACUGCUUAUCCUCUUCAUUUUGCUUACCUUGUCUCCAGUUUUGAAAAGUUUAACCGAUUCUACGUCCUCUGAUUCCAUUUGGGCAUUGAGUUGUUGGAUCUGUGUGGUCAAUGUGCUGUUCAAUGAUUAUGUGAUAGAAUUCUCUGGAGCAACUCAUACCUCAAACUUAUCGAAGAAUUUGGCCCUCUCCAAUGCUAUACUCCUUGCAUCAAGACUCUAUUCCAAUCUGGCGGCCUUCAGUUUUAUCUUGUUCUGCAUACAGGUCCAAGGGCUCUUCCCAAUGUUCAACAACUUCACUCGUAGGUGUCAGAUGCUUGCUUUUCACAGAUUUCAGCUCAUAGCUAUCGUUGGUGGAGUGAACUACCUAGUCUACUCAAUAUUAGGAAUGAGCGCUCUUAGCUGCUGGGCAGCUCUACAAGGAAUCAUUCUUUUUGUUGGUCCAUCAUACUUUAUUAGGUUACAGAAAUACAAAGAGGAGCUGCAAGGACCUUGGGACCCAGUUAAACCAAGGAUAAGUGUAGCAUAA